AUGCAUCGCACGCAGGACCUCGCCCAUGAACUGUGCAGGUGCAUUCGCUUCCUUCGCAGGUCGCCCCGAUCCCUCCCUGCGACUUCGGGCGAUGCUGGGGUAGCAUCGUGGGGGCUGUCAGCCUCGAGUGCAAGGGAUGACGCUCGGCUUCGACCAAGUACCCGCGACACCAUCCCUACGUACUGGGUGACGAUGUCAUUGCGCCUGGCAGAGCUGCCAGGCCAUUCUUCAUACUAG